AUGGGUGAGCCUCGACAUGCUCUCGCCGAGUUGCGCAAUGUAAGCAAUACUGCGACGAGAUUACCAAGACGCAACCGCGACAAUACCUUUUGGAGCGCCAGCCAUGAUGCCGACGACAAAGAAAACCAGGGUCAACAGAAGAAACCUCAGGCUUCUUCAUCCAGCCUCAGGCAAGAGACCGAUCCCAAAAACAUCCGCCUUCUCUGGGCCCAAGUCGCAGCCUACAACGCGUUGCCUUGGACAUGCACAUCCGCAGCUUCUCUUACUUGCCCCUCUUCAGUCUCCACAGCCAACAUAGCUCCAGCUGCUGCCGUAUCAGACUUCCGCGCCCUCUUGGGCACGUAUUGCAACGCCGAGAUUGUCCAGAAGCCCUUGGCGUGGACCCCUGAGAGCUACUUCGAGCAGGAGAAGCUUGGCGGGGAUGCCGGGGACAGCGCGGAGCGAGGAACAACCCGUGACGAGGAAAGUCUGCGUUGCGUUUUGGGAACAGCCUACAUUUCACUCGACGAGGCCAAGGCCUUCGCGGCAGAGCACAGGACCAUUGUGACUGUCUGGGCCGGCGGGGAUGACAUGGUCAAGGCCAACUAUCUCGGGCGCCUGCUGCUGCGCGGCCACGUCCUCAACGGUCUCAACUGCUCCAGCUCAGCCUCCUCUCCGCGCCGCCGGACGCUCUUCAUCGAACCCCCCCGCGCCCGCGGAGUUGGCGAGGAUCCCUUCCCGGGGUGGCAGGGCUGCACGGUGCGCAACGUCGCGACAAUCGGCUGCACGGGAGAGAAACCCUUGGCACGCCUCGCGGACUGGCUUGACGCCAUCAACCGCUGGGGGCUCGAGACCUUUGCCGUCGAGGUCCAGGAGGAUCUGGACCUGUGUCUGAAGGCCGAGUACGGGGCCAUCUAG